AUGCGAAGAGGAGGACGCAACUGGGCCGUGGUCUCGAUAGCUGGAACCUUCCAGAAGCAACGAGUUGAAGCAAAAGGACGGCGUGGAGGCAGGCAGGUGCUAUCGGCCUACUGCCUGGUGUGGAGUGAAUGCCGGCUCCUGAUUGGUGCUGGCUUCGGAUGGGCGUCGGCUUCUGAUUGGUGCCGGCCGAUCGACACUCGCCUCGGUGCCGGUAAUCACAGUCUGCCAGGUCCAAUGGCUGGCCUCGGCACUGCCGGUGAGAACUGCUCGGCCGAUAGACGGAUGAGUCAUGCUGCGUGA